AUGCCUCGCCUCUCCUUCCUCGUUGUUCUCGCUGCUGUCCUUGCUAAUGUUUUCGCCAUCGUACCUGCUGAACAACAGGAGAUUGUGCAGGGUGUCAGCUCCUUCAGUGACAACUGGAGGUGGGAGACAUGCGGCAAUCCAACCGAUCCUAUCCACAUUCAGAGCAUUGAGGUCUCCCCUGACCCGCCUGAGAAGGGCGCAGACCUGACGGUCACAGUGAGGGGCGUUGCGGAUAAAGCUGUUGAAGAAGGAGCGUAUGCGGAUGUCACUGUGAAAGUUGGUGCAAUCAAAUUGCUACACAAGGAAUUCGAUGUUUGCGAGGAGGCACGCAAUGCCAAUGUGGAUCUCGCAUGCCCCGUGACGGAGGGCGACCACCAGGUUAUACACACGGUUAGACUACCUAAGGAGAUUCCUGCUGCGCUGUUCUCCGUCAACGUCCAGGGCUACACUGUGGAUGAUGAAGACUUGCUCUGCCUCAACCUCUGGAUCGAUUUCAGGAAGAAAUUCUUCAGCUGGUGA